AUUCAAAGACCAGGCAAAGAGCCUCAACCAUUCGCUGUCCCAGAGAGAAACAAAACACAGACAACUGUGUGUGGACCGAGCGGACGCAGAGGACAAGGCUUUUAGGUUAAAUUAGCAGAAUUCUGGAGGAUCAUUCGUUGGUCUGGUAUUCUUCUAUGGAUUCCUCCAUGGAUCGGAUGUUUUACCAGUCGAAGACUGAGUGAUCCUUUAUCUCAGUUUCAGAUCAGCACUGGGUUUUCCCUGAUCUCUAAGGAGCGAGCAGCGACCAGCCGACCAAGGAAAGAGGCCAGAGAGACCAACGUUCUCUAAGUGGCUGUUCUGCUGCUGCGAACAUGCUGCGGGAACACCGAAUCCUCCUGCUCUGUGUUCUGACGGUCCACAUCACAUCCGUAGUGGAGUGCGCGGAUGUCGAUGCUGAGGUGGAGGACGAGUGCGCAGACCUCAACUACACCACCCUGCUCAGGUACCAGCAGCAGCAAGACACCCAGAAGAUCCAGUACCUGCUGCUGACCAGGAGAAACGUGGACUGUGCACAGACGUUUGACCAGGAAUCUCUAAACCAGGAGAACUCCUUCUUCAACACCUCGCUCCCGACCAAGGUCAUCAUUCACGGAUACAGGGCUAUAGGCAGUAAGCCCUCAUGGGUGAAGGAUCUGGCCCAGGCUCUGCUCAGAGUGGAGGAUGUUAAUGUUCUAGUGGUGGACUGGGUCUUCAGGGCCUCCUUUGCCUACAACCUGGUGGUGCAGAACCACAAGGAGGCGGCUUUACAGAUCAGCGUCCUUAUCAACCAGCUACAGAAACACGGAUGCAAGCUGGAGUCCUUUCACCUCAUCGGCGUCAGUCUCGGAGCUCACGUCGCCGGUUUCGUUGGGACUCUUUUCGAAGGGAAGAUAGGAAGGAUCACGGGCCUUGACCCCGCUGGACCCAUGUUUAAAAGUGCCGACCUCUUCGACCGACUGGAUCCUUCUGACGCUCAGUUCGUGGAGGCCAUCCACACAGACGCUGACUAUUUUGGGAUCUCUAUACCUGUGGGUCACGUGGACUUCUUCCUAAACGGAGGGAAGGACCAGACAGGCUGUGCCCGCUCCAGGCUGGCCUCCAUUUUUAUGUACUUCCCAGUGUAUAAAUACGUCAUAUGCGACCACAUGAGGGCGCUGUACGUCUACAUAAGUGCACUGACCGGAGACUGCCAGCUGAAGGGGAUUCCUUGUUCCAACUAUGAGGAUUUUCUAAAUGGCCAGUGUGUGGACUGCGAUGCCUUCAACGGAAUAUGUCCGACUAUCGGUUUAUCAAAAAACAGCGGGGUGACCUUAUCUCCACUUCCCACAGAGCAGAAGCUCUUCCUCCUCACCUCCUCCUCAUCACCUUUCUGUGCUCAUCACAUCCUGCUGCACCUGGAGGUUUCUCCUUUGGAUAAAAGUGCUGAGGUGGAAGUGACACUGACGACUGAGAACAACAGAACAGAGCAGAGGCUCAGGCUUCAAACAUCAACAACCACGUACAAGACCGUGUUGGCUCAUCCGGUGCCUCUGUGCCAGAUCCGAACUAUUGGCCUGACGAACACGGGUAAUCGAUUCUACAGACAGGCGGACAUCCACAUCAAGUCAGUGUGUGUGAGCGACAUCCCUCAACUCAGGAAGGAGGAGCCGCUGUGUGUGAACAACAUCAAUGUCAGUCGUGGAACUCCGUGGUCUCAUGACUUCGUGCAGUUGUGUGGUUUCUGAGGAAGAACGGCAGUGGAGAUAAGAAAAAGCUCCGACUCAGCAUCGACGACAACAAAAGGACUUUUUCUCCAUCAUGUUUAAUGUCAAGGAAACAAUAAGAAGGAAAAAACUACACAUUUGUGGUGUUUUCUCUCAGAAAUGCAGUUUAGUGUUUUGGUCAGGUGUUUCGUCUCUCGCUAACACAGCUUCUUACAACAUCGUUUUUAAUCAUACCAUUUGUUUUUGUCGCGUAAGUGAAAAUUAAAGAAGGAAACAUUAGGGUCUUAUGUUUUUAGAUGUUACAAUGUUUUAAAUAAUAAAAAAAAAGAGAAAAUUGUAAAUUUUGUCCAUAUAAUGCUAAUGUUACAAACUUGACUUGUU